CUGACAGGAAGUCAGGCAUGGCAAUACUAUAACUCUCAUAAUCAAACAAAUCAUUGACUUCGUUGCAUUCAAUCAUCAAGCACAAAUAAGCAUAAUGCUCACAUCAAAGUCUUUCCGUACAGCACCUCUAAAGCGAGUUAUCUCCAGGCAGGCCUCACUUUCAUUCAGCAGCUCAGCCUCUAGAUCCCGUAUUAUCCUCCCCUCUCAGAAACUCACAACCAAACUUUUUUCAAAAGUCCAACCUUCUCUUCGAUCCGCAUCCUUCGCAACAAGCUCCGAAGCUUCGGCUUCAACGCCCGAGGAGCCAGUCAACCAGAACUUUGCAGCUGUUGCAACAGGCGGUAUCCCAUAUCCCGGAAUUCCCAAGAUCGAGGACCCUUAUCAAAAGCGACAAUGGCAAUUGGAACAUAUGGCUGGUGCCUUUCGCGUGUUUGCCCGUAUGGGAUUCACUGAGGGUGCUGCGGGACAUAUCAGUGUGAGAGAUCCUGUUGAUCCUAACACAUUUUGGAUUAACCCUAUGGGUGUUCAUUUCGGAAUGCUUGAGGCAGGCCAUAUGGUUCACAUCAACGAAGACGGCCAAGUCAUUGGCGGUAACCGAGUCGCCGUCAACGCAGCUGGUUUUACAAUUCAUGCUGCUAUUCAUAAAGCCAGACCAGAUGUAGACGCUGCAUGCCACGCUCACUCUAAAUAUGGCAAGGCUUGGUCAACAUUCGGGAAGCCCCUUGAGAUGAUCAGUCAAGAUGCUUGCAUCUUCUACAACGACCACAGCGUGUACUCCGACUUUGGAGGUGUUGUCUUUGAAGACGAUGAGGGUGCUCGCAUUGCCAAAGCACUCGGUCCGAAGAACCGAUCGGUCAUUCUGCAGAACCAUGGGCUGUUGACGGCCGGUAAAACAGUUGAUGAAGCGGCGUAUUUGUUCUCCCUCAUGGAGAGGACAUGUGAGAUACAGCUGUUGGUGGAGAGUGCUGGAUUGCCGAGGCUGAUUAUUGGUAAAGAAGAGGCUGAGUACACCUAUCGAUACAAUGCUGAUCCUGAGGCGUUGUAUACUGAAUUCCAGCCUGAUUUCGAAUACGAGGUUUGGAAGUCUAAUGGUAAGCUAAAAUCGGGUGUUAACUGAAGUAGGAUACCCUGGUGAUGGUGCUUUAAAAUGAGAAGCGUUAGCAUGAAUGAUCAUUUCAGAAUCCCUUGUCGUCAAGCUCUUAAGAUGCGGCUUUCGUGUAAUUCGCAUUAGCUUGUUAGACCAGUCUUCCUCAUGACAGAAUGUCUCUUUUCAGUUAUCCCAAUAAUCCGUCACACCCUACAGCAACGUCUUUCUCCACCACUUCUCUUCCUCCUCAAGCCACAGCCUCACGUUCUUCGGCUGCCCAAAUCCAUGACCUUCUUCUGGUACAACGAUAAGCUCAACCUCGCCCCCUGCCUUCUUAAUAGCAUUGGCCAUCUCUUGUGCCUGGUCCAGCGGCGUGAUCUUAUCGCUACCUCCGUGCAAGAGCAGCAACGGGGCUGUGAUUUUAUGAGCCUCGAACAAGGGGCUCCUCUCAUGGCAGAUUCUGUCCUUUUCGCUCUUAUCUACCCCUUUCUGCAACACUAGGUGAUCUGUGUAGUCUGAUUCCAACUUGUGGGUUGAGUCAUCCAGGCGUUUGAUGUCGCUUACACCUGAGAGACAUACACCACCAGCGAAGGUGCUCGGGUGACGGGUUAAGCUUCGAAGGGUGUUGUAACCUCCUGCACUUACACCAGUGAUUCCUACUCCACCAAAUUUCACCACUCCCUUGGACGUCAAAUUAUCUGCGAAUUCCGCAGCGUCGUCUGAGUCCACUAAGCCCCAGUUUCCCCAGAGAGCUUCACGAUAUUCACGCCCAUGAGCGCAUGAGCCUUUGUAGUUGAAAGCAAGAACUGCAUAUCCUCUCGAGGUGAAAUAUUGUGUUCUCGGGUCAAGACCAGGGCCGGUGUAAGAUGUUGGCCCUCCGUGACUUGUCAUGAUCAGAGGAGGUAGAUCUCCUUCCGGAGCCUGGAAGUCAGGAUUGUGCGGGAGCCACAGGAAUCCAUACAACUCUCUUUCGGGUUGGCCCUUUGAGCGGAUUGUCUUCAAGAUAGGCUUGGAGCAGAAUUCUCUAGGAAGCCCAUCGUCUGUGGACCCUCGGACUUGGGUGAUCUGACCUGAGCCUUCAGUGUCAAUUCGAUAGAGCGCUUUAGCAUUAGUCUCUCCGGACCCAACAACAAGAACCGAAGUAUUGCUCAAGCGUGCAACUGCGUCUAGCUGGACUUCCGCCAGUCUCUGAGAAUCGCCGAUAUCUUUCCACCUUCCCGACUCUAGAUCGAUGAGAAUCACCCUAGAUUUCCCCAGAAUGAAGGGAGACGCGACAAGAUGUCGAUCAGACAAAGGUGCAUACGUGUGGCUAUAUUCGUUCAGCGGGAUUAUCAUGGUGACUUCGGGGUUCUUACCUUCCCUGGAACCAUCGAAGUCCUCCAAACUCCGCAUUGGCGAUACCAUUGACUCUGAUCUCAACAUGCUCAUCACUUCCGG